GGACUGGCUGCACGGACGGGAACCAGGUGGAGUACUGCGCAGCGGGCUACUACUGCCCCGCAGGGACUUACGACCACCGCUCGCUGCCCUGUCCCCCCGGGACCUUCAGCGGGGCCCCCAGGGCCUCCUCGCGGGCUGCAUGCGGAGACUGUCUCCUUGGCCACUUCUGCGGGGCUUUGGCUCAGACUCAGCCAGAUAAGUGUCCCCAGGGGCACUUUUGUGGGGAAAAGGGACUCGCGCUACCCACGGCCUGUCCGCCGGGCACUUAUAACGACAAAGUGGGCUCCACCAGCGAGGCGGACUGUCUCCUUUGCCCCGCCGGCUCUUUCUGUCCCGCCGAAGGAACUUCCACGCCCAAACGCUGCCCCGCGGGCACCUACAAUGACGGCAGCACGAAGGCAGCAGCCUGCAGCCCGUGUCCCGCGGGCCACAAGUGUCCCCUGGGGACUUCCAGCCCCGCUGCAUGCGCUGCGGGGGAGUUCUCAAGGGCCGGGGCUGCUGCAUGCGAAGUUUGUUUGGCUGGUCACUUUUGCGAAAAAGAAAAAACAACUUUUGAAGAAAUGACGAACAACCAGUGCCCCCCGGGGCUGGCCUGCGAGCUCCCGGGUAUCCCCAUAACACCCACAGUGGAGACCCACGGCUGCCCCGCCGGCAUGUACUGCACCGGAGGAUCGUCUCCGCCGCAGCCCUGUCCCGUGGGGACUUACGGGCCCUCCCCCGGGGCCACUUCUGCUGCUGAGUGUCUCCUUUCGCCCGCGGGGACUUUCGUGGACACCCCAGGGGCCAGCCAGCCCUCAGGCAAGAAGCUUUCAACUGUCUCCUUUUUGAAAGUGUCUCCUUUUAAAUAA